UUUCCUGCGCAGGUUCAACAGCCCACAAAGGAUGAGCAGGAUGAGAUUGUGGCUCCUGGUUUGCCAUCUUCUGUUCGUGGCUUGUCACGACAUCACAAACGGAAAGGACGUGACUGAAUCCUCCUCGAGCGAGGAAUUCUUCCGCGGGGACGGGGGACAACAACAUCCUCCUGGCGGAGGAAGGCGCAAAUGCCCAGCACAGAACCAAAGAAUGACGACACAAAUUGAGCCAUAUUUGAAUGAUGGGAACCAGCAAAACAUAGUCCGAAAUCUUCGGUCUAUCCGAAAGGUUCUCGCAGGAGACAAGGUGAACGAGACGGUGUACGUCAAGCUCAAGCACUUCCUCGCCGUCCUCUACACAGCCAAGUCGGUCUUUUCAGGCCUUCACAUUCAAGCCAGCGACUCUGAAGUGAACACGGAUGAGCCGGUCCAUAAUGCUAAACUCUUUGUUGAGCUGCCAGGCAGUUUGAACCCUGGAUCUGAAAAGGUUUUGUUUUGGUCCAUUGUUCUGAACGCCACGAACUGGACCGUUUCGGGCAUCCAAGCCCCCGGUGACCUGUACGAGAACAGACUGGUUGGCCUCAGUGUUGGAGUCAAGAACAUGACGAGACUCCAGCAUCCUGUCAAAAUAACAAUGAAUUUGACAACAUCGAUGAACAAGACUCUUAAACCCCGUUGUGUCUUCUUGAACUAUUCCAAAAUGGCGUUUGACAGUGAUGGCUGCGACACCAUGUGGUCCUGCGGUCGGACGAACGUCACCUGCGUCUGCGACCACCUCACAUACUUCGGUGUUCUCAUGAUAACAGCUGACCUCUCCACUCCUGACCUGACGGCACUGACCUACAUCUCUCAAAUAGGCAGCGGUGUGUCUUUACUCUGCCUCUUCAUCACUGUCCUUCUCUUCAUCAACAAUCGCAAAAUCCGAGCCGAUGUCUCCAUGAGGGUCCACAUGAACCUGGUGGUGGCCCUCAUUCUCCUCAACGUGCACUUUCUCGCCGGCGAGCCGGUGGCAGCCCUCCACUCCGCUGGUCUCUGCCUGUACAUUGCUCUGGCGAUCCACUACUCUCUGCUGGCCACCUUUUGCUGGAUGGCUCUGGAGGGCUUCCACCUCUACCUGCUGCUGGUCAGAGUCUUCAACAUCUACUUCAGGAAAUAUAUGCUCAAGCUCUGCCUCGUCGGGUGGGGAGUCCCAGUCAUCAUCGUGUCGCUGGUCAUCCUCCUGCGGAGAGAUGCCUACGGCCCAUUGGCCCUGGACGCAGCCAAUUCUACCAUGAUCUGCUACAUCACCGACCACACUGUGAAGAUGGUGUCCACGGUGGGAGUCUUCUGCUUGGUGUUUGCGUUUAACCUCGUCAUCUUUGGGCUCACUGUGCGCAGUGUUCUGAGUCUGCACUACAAGAAAGAGUAUGGACCAGGCAACAGCGGCAGAGCCAAGCAGAACAUUGCGAUGCUGGUCGGGGUCACAGUUCUGCUCGGCAUCACCUGGGGAGUGAUCUUCUUCUCGUUCGGGGAACUGUCGACAGCCGGGCUCUACCUUUUCUGCAUCUUCAAUUCAAUACAAGGGCUCUUCCUCUUUUUGUGGUUCCUGAUGUCACUGCAAAAGACGUCAAACUCCAGACCUCCCACAAGCAUUGAAACUCGGAGCAGCUAAUGUGAAUUAGUUUGGAAGUCAAAUCAGCGGAAGCCCGUGCGUUUGCAUGAGUGCACUGUGAACGUAGCUGCUUUGAGACCUUGAAGUCGUCUCCAUCUCACUGACUUCUGCGCUCUUCCGCAAGGCUG